GUUUUUUUUUUUUGCGGGGGGGGGGGGGGGUCUUGGGUCUUUAAGCUGCAUACUGAGCUCUAUAUAUCGGAUUUAUUGAAUUUGUGACAGUUCAUACAUUACAUAUUUUGACACCACCCCUGGAAUAUUAUGCAAUGACUCAGUGUUUACAUAUGAUUGGUGAACUUUUUCUUAAUCCAUAUGAUUAUUUAGUAUAAAGAAAAAGUAUGAAACUACAAGUAAAAAAACCUAUCCAUUUCUUAUUUAAUGACAUUUUCCUUGAAAACUGGCCAAAAAUCGUCCUUUGACAUGCUCCCCUUAAAAAGAAUUGCCGAUGACCCAUACUUUUUUUCUUACAAUUAGUAAGCUUAUAGUCUUUUUAAAAUCAUUCUUUAAUUUGGAUUAAAACUCUAUUGUAGAAUAUUUUAAAUUUUAACUUUAUAUUGCACAUUGGAAAUUGCCCUAUAUUUCCUUUGCAAUUACGACUACUUCAUAGCCAACUAUUGAAACGCCCCCUGCUGAAAAUCAAAUUCGAUUUUCAUUUGUUUUGGGGUGGGUUUUUUUUUCCCAUUGAUUUUAACUCUUUAUGCAUGCUUUACCUUACAUCAAAAUUUGAAUAAAAUUUCUAUUGUAGAAACGAAUUAGGUCCGUCACCCGUAAAAACAUUUUUCACAGAAGAAAAAAAAACCAGUCAAUUUUGAAGUGUACUUCACGUUACGCGAUGAAAUGAAAAUAUUGUUACGUAUUGCACUAAUUCUUAACCCACCCUCCGGCGAGAGAAUGACCUUUUGCGUCACGUUUCUCGAUUUUACGUGUUCUGAUUGGGUCCCAAUGGGUGCACACAAUGCAAUCGGCAAUCCUCGGAUUAUUCCGCUAUUCAUAGUGUGCGCGAGCGUGACGGAAAUAACCGAGUGACGAUUAAAUAGAAAAUGAAAGUAGGUGAACGUCUUCCUGUCUCAGUCUAUGAAAGGUUAGUCAUUUUACAAAAUCCUUUUUUCUUUCUUUAUUCUAAUUUAGACGUAUUGGUUGAAAUUAUUUGGUCUUUUUAGAAGGAAAUAGUAUUACGCAUGAGAUAUGAAUAACAUUUAUAGGAUAUAUUUGACAAAAUAUUUUCUUGCUUUCGUUUUAGUGAAUACUAAAUAAUUUUCAAAUAAGAUCGCAAAUUUUGAAAAAAAAAUUCUAACUAUAGAAUGGGAAAUAUAAGGUAAAUAUCACGAGUAUGGAUAAAUAACGUCAUAUACUUUGUUUGAGCGAUCAAAAGUUCUGUAGAAAUCAUUAUCGUGAUGAGCUAGCUGAUGAGUAGACAAAAUUGAUGUCUUCACGUAACACUGUCAACAUAUCCUAUAUAUAUAUAUAUCCCUGAUGGAAUACCAUAAGAAAGUGUUCCUGGUAGGCCCUAUUACAUUAUUCCAUAGUAGUACUUGAGAUAUGACCCUCGUGACCAGAAUAGAAUUUCCAGAGUUGUAUAGAUCUGAUUCGCUGACUUUUAAGUGAUCAGGUCAUCAUUAGAUACUGUUGACUGGGUAAUGUUCACUUUGGAGACCUUCUGAAAAUUUGACUACCGUCUGAGGCCAUAAACCAACAACAGAUGUCUGAAGAUUCAUUCAAAAUGUUAUUACCAAUUGCAACAAUAACUUAUGGCGAGCCCUUUUAAGAUGAAAAUGACUUAAAUAGAUUAUAUGGAUUUAACAUUGUAGAUGGUUUCUAAGUUUAUAUCAAAGCCUGAGGAUCUUAUCACUGCCUGAACGUUUGUAGCAGCUGUUAGUUUCCCGAUGGCUACAGGAUAUGAUGAAAGGUAUGCCAGACAGCUUCAUGAGCAAAGCCUGGAAUCUGAAAUAAUACGGGGGAUAUCGCAGUUCCCUACAGACAGCAUCAGAAAUGACCCUGAUGCUUUUCUGGCAUGGCAGUUACAAAAUCAGGAAUUUGAAGGAAGAAAAGAGAAGAAUAGCAUGCCUUUGGGUAUGUUAAAUUCCAUUCCAUCUCCUACACAUAUAAAGAUUGAGAGAAAGAAAGACAAAAAUAAAAACCAGUUCAGAGGAGGUGGUGAUGAAAAGCACCCUCUCAUCAUAAUAGACAGUGAUGACAGUGAUACCGAGUGUGAUGCCCCUUCUGUGUGUGAGAUGGAUACUGAUGAAGUAGUCAGGUAUUCAGACAGUGGACAGAGUUCUGCACAUGGUGUCCAUAUUGAAGAGUCAUGCCAGUAUCCCAAACAGAAUGGUGAAGACACGAUGGAUUCUCUGUAUCAGAGUUUAACAGAGAAUGGAUCAUUAUUAGCCCAGCCUCAGAGUGAGGAUAUAAACAGCACUGGUCACACAACAUUCACCUUCUACAGUGAUGAUGUGGAGGAAGACUCUAUCGGUGAAAUCUCACAUUAUGAUGAAGAUGUGUCAUCCCCUCAGUGUGCAGGAUUUCCAUUGCAACCCUUCCCAACUCAGCCGAAAAUUGUUAAUGGAUUGCCCAAUUAUCAUCAAAGGAACAACUAUCACUAUAAUCCAAUGAAAGGGUCAAGACGUGGCAGAAAAUGGUCAAAGAAACAAAAUAAUCACGAUGAAUCAUCAAAUUUAUUUCACAAUGACUCUGAAGCUGACAAUGGAAGUAUCACAGUAAACAGUGACGAUGAAACACAACCAAAGCAUAUAAUGUUAGAUACACUCGAUCACAUCCCCAAGCGUCACGAGAAAAAUUACAGGAAAGCACAAAAAACAUUUCAGAAAGGUUCAGACACAGUCAAUGAUGAACUAGUUGCCAGAAGACUGGGACGUGAACUGAACAGGACACAAGUGGAGAAGGAUGGCGAGAUGGCACGGAGAAUGCAAGAGGAAGAAGAUGAGAAGAAUAAUUUGAUACGAGCAGAAAGAAAUUCCUUCCUUGACAGAGAACUGCAACAGAGAAGCCAUCCACACCUGCAAAUGCAUGAUCCCUAUGCAAACCAGGUCAUUCGACAUCGGACCCCAUUCCAGUUGCAUCGUCUUCCGGAAGGACUUCUUUUGUUACAGACAAUUCUUGGAAUGGAAGGUCAAAUGAUGCCACCUCAUCUUAUGCAGAACAAUGUUGAUUUAAGUGAUUAUGAGGCAUUGUGGGAGUUGGCUGAGAGGAUUGGAGAUGCAAAGGGCAGUGGGAUUAGUGAGGAAGCCCUACAGUCUCUGUCUACUACAGAAUUCCAGUCUAGCACUGCAGACACAAAUGCUGUAAAUGAGUGUCGUAUCUGUAUCUCGGACUUCAGUGAUGGAGAAAUGAUCACAUCUCUGUCCUGCAAUCACAGAUUUCAUAAAGACUGCAUCGAAAAAUGGUUAAAGAGGAAAGCUGUUUGUCCCAUUUGCCGAGAAAACAUUCAUAAUGAAAAUUGAAGCUGAGCAACAAUAUCUUGCUCCUAAUAAGAAAUGAAGACUGGAAUAUUCAUUGUACCCAUGCAAUUGUGAUUAUAUUAAUUAGUACGUACAGUUCACUUUACUGUUUAAAGUCAUCUUUGGACUUUGCUUAUCUUCUAGUGGUGAUGCACAAGACCGUUUUGAUUCAAUUGUGAUUAUAAUAAUUAGUACAGUUCACUUUACUGUUUAAAGUCAUCUUUGGACUUUGCUUAUCUCCUAGUGGUGAUGCACAAGACCGUUUUGAUUCUCAUACAGCAAAAAAUAUUUGACUUAAUGCCACAGUUACAUAUGUCUUAUAUUUCUUCCUUCAUUCUUCAUCGUACUACAAGUAUGGUAUCAGUUUAAGUAAUAUUUUUGUCACCUGAGUUACCUAUUUUGGUCAGAGUCCAUCAGUUGUCUGUAAACCUUAAAGAUUUUUAGCUUUUUACUCUUAACACUACAUACACAGUAAAACAUAGUUACAGUAAACAUGUGUAUUAUGAAUUCCUGCUUACAGUGAAGUGAUUUUCAUUCUCUGUAGUUUUAAAACAUAUUAUGAACUUAUUGGAUGAUACAACGUAGUACUAUUAUAAUGAAUCAAAAUUGCUCAUCCCCAGCAGUUCACUAUAAGCACGUUUUGCUGUAUGAUGUUUUGAUAUAAGGGAAUGAAACUUAUAAAUGAUAAAAAGAUCGCUAGCCCCAUAAGGUUAUGGAGAUAAAGCCGAAACAUUUAAGAAUGAUGCAAUUUUUACGAAUUUUAACUCGUGUAUAUUUCAUUGACAAAUUGUGUGCUGUAUUAUCCCCCUGUAAUUCCUGGUUUUACAAUAAGCAACAUCAUUGUAUAGCUUUCCAAUGCCUUUACUAGAAAAGUCAUCAGAGUAUGUAAAUUUGAAUAAAACGAAUUACCACAAGGUCAUUAUAAAAGAUAAAUUCCAAACAUGUCUCAUGUACAGUGUGACUUCUUAGCUGACUCUUCGACAUAUACAAAUUUGUUGCAAAGUUUACUGAAUGUUACGUAAAUCACAUGAUUUUGACUUGGUAAAAUUUAAUUACAGUUGUCAUCAAGAUUGUCAAUAUUUUUGACAUAUUUGCAUAAAGUAUUUCUUGGCCCCAAAUUUCUACUCUUCAAAAAACCUAUAAUAUUUCUAAUGUAUGCAAAUGCAAGUCAUUGUCUUUUUGAAAUGCAAUUCCAUCUGUCAUUAUACUCACCAGGUAAUUUUUCUGAUUUGUGAAGAAUACAUUUAUAUUUAAGUUUUCUCAAAAUAUUAUGUAGGAUGGGGAGCCAUUUGGAGUGGAUGUUUUGGUAGUGUCCAGAUGUCUGGAGUGGGUUUUUUUUUUAGGUACAUACAUGUAUGUUUUUCAGUAGGGUUGCUGUAUACAUGUAUGUCCCAGCUAAUGAAAAUUAGUCCCUCCCCAGAUUCCAAAAAUGCCAUCAAUUUAGCCAAGAUGCAAAAAUGGUUCUUUUUCACAUUUACCUCAAAUUGUAUCCCAUUCCCUCAUGUAUAUGCAUGCAUAAUCCUUUCUCAGCUUAGACCCUAUAUUGCCAUCCCUUCAGUUUGGCCAUAGUGUUUGUGAUUAAACAAAAAGUUGUUUUCCAGAGGGAAUUCAUCAUCUUCAAUACAUUGUCUGUUUCAACCUUGUCAUGCUUUCAUUUUCAACUUGAUUUACAUACCGUGUAAGAAGAAAUUUGAGUGAGGAUUUAAUUUUGGCAUUAUUAGUAAGGGUGUUCCACUUUAAAUAAACGAUGUUUUUCUGCUUCCAUGAUGACUACUCUCGACCCCUAGUUGUUAGACUGCAUCUUUCCAUUCUCAAAAUUCUCCCAUUUUUCUUUAUCAAAAAAAUAUUCUUGCAGUAGAUUGAACUCUUUGCUCUUAGGUUUGCAGAUUAGCCAGCAGUCAUGUAAAAUCUAUGAUUUUCCUUGUAGAAACAGUUUUGGACCUUUGCUAAGUAGAUUUAAUUAAGUAUCUGUAAGGUUUUUUUUAGGAUACAAGUUUAAGAUCUUCUUUGAUGUCAUUGGGAUAGCUUCUACACAAACAUCUUGUUUGCCUGCAUUUUUCUCUGAAUCUACCUUGUCAUUAACGUCAAAUUUUUGUGAUGAAGAAGAAUUAUUUUGUACUACAUGUUUGGAUAAAUUACAAUUGCAUGAGUGGUGUAUCCAGGUUUUGACUACAUUGAAAUGGUUUGAAGAACAAAUUAAGCAAAAAAGUGUUUUAGCUCGCCAGGAUGAAUGUCCAUAGAUCUAUUGUCGUGAACCCAGUGUUAGUGUCACGUAUGGAGGGGAAAACUUUUACCUGGGCUAUCAUUUAAAUCAAGGGGGUUUGAUACUUCACAUAUAGAUGCCUCAUGACCAGGUCUUUCAUUUAGUACCAAGACUUGUGGCCUAGUUGAAUUAAAUAUAUUUUAUUAAAGACAAAAGGACUGGGCACAAGUUCUUAAAACUUAGAUCCAGUGAUCUUUACUUUCAACUUGCACAUACAAUGUACUUUUCAAAACUUUUCACCAUGGCUAUCAUUUGAACCAAGGGGGAUAGGCCUUUGAUAUUUCACAUAUAGAUUCCUCGUGACCAGGACUUUUAUUAGACUUUUGACCUAGUGACCUUGGACUUUGACCAACUUUUCGAAAACUUUUAACCUUGGCUAUAUCUUUUGAACUAAGGGGGAUAGGGUAAGUAGAGGCAUGCUUCCAGGCGAGUUAUGUUGUCUUGACAACUUUUGUUCAUGAUUGCAUCCCAUUGAUGGAAAUUUCAGCCUUUGAUUAUCACCAUUAAGUUCAAGUGCAGUAAAAAUGUCACACUCAUAAUGAUCUUCUGCUGCUUUAAUUUCGGCCUCAUUACCCCAUGAAUCUACACUACCAUCUGUACCACUUGCAUAACAGAUGAUCUAAAAAAAAAAUUCCCAACUACAAAUUCUGUAUAGAAAAAUUGGUUUCACCUUAAUUCCUUAACCACUGCAUUUCUAGUUAUAGCAUGUAAAUCUUGGUUGAUGUACAAUUCAUAUGUGAGAUAUCAAAUUACCAUUUCCUACUGGAUAUUACUGUCUUGCCUGCAUUCUCUGUCCUACUAUUCAAAUCUUUAUCGAUUUUGGUAAUUUUUUGUCAGAACUUUGACCCCAGGGUAGACAGAUUUUUGUUUUAAUUUGUUUCGGUUUUCCUAAUAUAUUUCUUUUCAUUGUUGAAAUCACUUUUAAACUUGUCUUGUUUAUCGCUUAUUUUUAAUUUUAAACUACUAUAUUGACGAUGGAUAGAUUUUGUUAGCUUGGAAAUAAUGCUUUUACCAGCUUCUCCAGACUCUUCCAUUAAUCUUGUAGAUGCUGGGUUUGUAUAUAUACAUGUAUCCUCUAUAUUAUUACAGUUGAACAUUGAUAUCUCCAAUACUAUGGAUAUGUCGAAGUGAGUUUAGAAGUCCCAACCACAUUUUCUUUAUAUAUUUUAAUCAAAGUAGUCCCAACUACAUUUUCUUUAUAUAUUCUAAUUUUUUAAAGAUAUCUCAAACUCUCAGAUAUUUCAAUAUAUAUAUAUAUAUAAAAAGAGAGGAAGUUCUGUUCAAACAAUAUUUUAUUUUGUUAAACAUACUAAGGCUUAAGAAUGAGCAGGCUGAGCCUACAUGUAUACAAACCUUCUUGAAUAUAGUAAAGAUUGUAUUUACCAACAAAGCACAUGGUAUAAUCCAUAAAAUGCAGGUUCAUAAUGGAUGUGUGUACUUGACAUUGUAUUAGAUAUAUAAAGAAAAGAUCAAAUUACUACAUGUUGUACAUUAAUUGUUGACUUGAAAUCCUUUUUGAUUUAUGGUAAUUAAUCAUUGUGUUGUAAAAAUUCUGUAAAUGCUAAGUAUUUAUAUGCCCUUCAAAUGUAGAAAUAUAUAUAUUUCCUUUGUCAUUAAAGUUGUGAAUAAUA